GAUGAGACUCUUUGGACGACCGACAUCUACCUGGAAGAGGAAAACCGCCUUGCAACCACAUCGCCUAUCGCCUCCCGCUCCCAUCAUCUGGAUUGGCCGCGAACAUACAGAGAUUGGGACACCACCACGGCUCCUCGAAAGAGGCUUCACCUCCCCCAUAAUACGUCACGACUCAUCUCCAAACACUUCUCGCCGCCGCCACAGCAUCCAAACAGACCUCACUGUAUCUCAACCCACAACAUCAAAGCCUCUUAUCAAAGACUCUCUUAUGGCGGGCGCAUAACUAUACAGGACAAUACCGUUUUAGGCUUAGUGAUUAAGCACAUGUCAUCCCCAACCUCAACCUCCCCUAAAUCCUCAUUUGUCUUCUCUCCUACCUCUUUUCCACAUGCUGCUAUAGCCUCAAACAACGUCAGGCCUCGCACAAACUUGCCUCCUCCACCUCCUCCUGAUCGCAUUCCUCCUCCCAAAGGACGGUCGCAUCAGCAGAAGUUUAAGAUCUUGAGAAAGGAAAAGGAUAAGGACAGAAGACAACCUAUAGAUUUGGAAGAUGACUGGACCAUUGAAGACGUGACUGUAAAUGGUGACGGUGUAGAGCAAGAAUCCCAAUAUUUGGACGACUUGCAACCGGAAGAGAACGAGUUGAAACCUGGACCGCGCUUCCUUGAAAUGGCUAAUCGUGAAGAGAAGAAAGAGAAGACUUCCAAGAGCAGGGGGCUCGUAAAGAAAACGUCUCGUCUCUUUGGCCGGGAUAAGGAUAAAGACCGGGGCAAACCUGAAGAACCAGCCGUCACAGGCAGCAGUUCAUCUACUCUCGCCGCUAUGCGCCAAUCAUCGUCAACCUCGACAGAUUCCACUACUUCUCGCAGUAUUACCUCAGCGUUCACACGUCAAAACUCUAUCCAGUCAAGACGAUCUCCUCGUACGAGCUUUGGUCAAGCUCAUUCUCGCCGUGCAUCCCAAGAUUCCCAAAUGUCCUGGCCGGCACCUAGGUCGAUCCGUUCAUCUACAACUUCACAUGACCCGUCAAGCGAUCCUCAGAACAGUGCUAGUAGUACCGGUGUUCCCAUCCCUCAACGACAGGGUGCUUCCAUGUCCUCUCUCUCCCGUUAUUCUCUUCCACACCCAAAUGGGGGUACGUCCAGAAGCCCAGAUACAUUUCCCAACAAAAUGUCAACUUGGUUCUCUCAUCUCCUUCCCGUAUCCUCCGGAUCCCCACCCUCCUCCAGCUACGAAACCUCUUCUUCUAUACGCAAGCAGUCUUCGGUUGCCGCAUCACUAUUCAACGCUGCAAGGCAAAAAGCGGUCGAUGGAGUCAGACACUUGCUGGACUCGGAGGCACAGCCGGAUAAGUGUAUGGAUACGAUAUGGGUAAGAGGUGUAGCUCAUCCAGGAUGGCGACCGAUUACACCCGAAAAUAGUACCAGCAACCUCCCUGCCCUUGAGCCCGGCGGUAGUGGAGGAGGAGUAGAAGAUAGAAGGGCGUCUCUGUCUAUGAACGGGCCAUCGCCUAACAGUCUUCGACCAUCCUCUUGGAAGCGCAACACCUCUCUUCCGCCAACUGGGCAGCCUCAAUCGCCCGCCCACGUACAUACGCAGGCGAGUAAUCAGACAACGUCUCCAAGUAAAGGUUUCACCGGUAUUUGGAACCCGUCGACGCUAUCGCUAGGUAUGCCGAUCGGUGGAUCUCCUAAUAAGGAAAAAGAGAAUGGAAGCGGGGCGGAAAGUCCGAGCAAAAAGAAAAGCAAAGAAAUUGUUAAAUGGCCAGAACAAUUCUACGAUGACUUCAAAUCAACUGUUUGGUUCACUUAUCGUAACCAAUAUGCGCCCAUAUCAUCACUCUCUCCGAAUCUUCUUAUCCCAUCCCCAGAAGCGUACUAUGCCUCUUUCGGACCUCCACUGGAUGCUACAUCUCCUUCCUCUCUGCGAGUGACUACUCCUACUGCCGCCGCGCAGCAAUCUGCUAGCGGAAGCGGUGGAUGGGGUUGGUCAAAAGAAGAGAGAGGAUUAACCAGCGAUGCUGGAUGGGGAUGUAUGUUGAGGACCGGCCAAAGUCUGCUGGUAAAUGCAUUGAUACAUAUUCAUCUAGGUCGAGAUUGGCGCGUUCCGAGUACGCCAGCUUCCUUUUCUGAAGCUACAACCACUCAGGAGAUUGCUGCUCUUAAAGACUACGCCAAGUAUGCUCAAAUGCUUUCGUGGUUUCUUGACGACCCUUCUCCUCUCUGUCCAUUCAGUGUCCAUAGGAUGGCACUUAUAGGUAAGGAGCUGGGCAAAGAAGUGGGCGAGUGGUUCGGGCCUAGCACGGCUGCCGGAGCAUUGAAGACACUUGCGAAUUCAUUUGCGCCCUGUGGAGUCGCUGUAGCCACCGCAACGGAUUCAAUCAUCUACAAAUCCGAUGUCUAUACUGCCUCGAACCUUCCUUCUGACGAUUGGAAUAGUAUAAGCCCAACAUUUAACUCUAGUAAAAAGAAAAGGCGAGGCGAUAACGAAGCGAAGGAAGAAAAGUGGGGCAAAAGGGCGGUGCUCAUUCUCGUUGGGGUACGGCUCGGACUCGAUGGCGUCAAUCCUAUCUACUACGACUCUAUAAAAGCCCUGUUCACGUUCCCACAGUCGGUAGGUAUCGCUGGUGGACGCCCUUCAUCAUCCUAUUACUUUGUCGGCUCUCAAGCGAAUCAUCUCUUCUAUCUUGAUCCACACUUAACGCGCCCCGCUAUUCCACUUCAAAUUCCACCACUACCUGUCCAUUCUGCAAAGGAAAAAGGAUCGACGGAGAGCAGCAGUAUAAUGAGCACAGCCGAAGAAGAAUCUGAAGAAGGUGUGAUGAUACGCACCCCGGAGACGCCAAGAUCGACUACCCCGUCCAUGUUCUCGGCUCCUGAGCAUGUAGAGGAUGAAGACCAAGAGGAGUGGGGGCAGGGCUCCAAGUAUAAGUUGGACGUGGUGGAUGCUGACGGUGUUGAAGUGGAAGGAAUUGACGAUGAUAAAGGCAGAAAUGAAGGGAAAAUGAUAAGGGAAGAGGUUCCAAAAAGCUCUUUCGAAUCGAACGGAGCGGCCCAGGAGCAGCCCAAGAAGCAGAAAGGUUUUACCUCUACUGCUUCUAUCGAUUCGCAGGUCGAUUCGCAGGUCGAUCCUCACAUGCUUUGGUACACUACCGCCUACCCCGAUCCUUUGCUGAGAACCUAUCACUGCGAGAAGAUCAAGAAGAUGCCUCUUUCGGGAUUAGACCCAAGCAUGUUACUUGGGUUUGUCUGCAAGGAUGAGGAUGAUUUUGAAGAUUUUGUGGAGCGAGUAGCCCAGUUGCCCAAGAAGAUUUUUACAGUGCAAGACGAGAUGCCAUCAUGGGAGGAAGAUGAUGAUGCCGGUCUCGAAUCUGUCUCAGAGCCCGAUUUUGAAGGAGACGAAUUCGAAGAGCCCGGAACAGCAAAACCUCGUUUCGACUCUUCCUCUCCCGUCAAUGAAGAUAGCCUCAAAGGCCCCAGGGUUGUUUCGGCGAGCACGACUGCUACACCUCUUGCCGCAAAAGAGGAGGAUCAUCUUGAUGUAGAAGAAGCGAAUAGCACAGAUGACGACAAUGAGUCUAUUGGCACCACCACAGCUGCUGGACCUAUGGAUAUCGCCAGACAUCUCAAUAGGGUCGAUCUCUCUUCAAAAAGGGAACAAGAAGGGGAUGAUGAUGAUGGGGAGUGGGUUGGAGGGACACCUUCAAGCCAAGGAGUACUUGUUGAACCUCCUUCGCUAAAGGGAACUCCAUCGAAAUCAAGAUCAUCCGCCUUUGAACCUCGCUAUGAACAGAAUGGAGAAACGGAACAAGAGAGACCUGUUUUCCCGGCGAGGAACAGGAUGGAGAGCUGGGUUGAACCUGUAUGUGAAGGGAAGGAAGCGCCGAACGGCGAUAAUUUGUUGUAAACUGUAUCAACUUCACAAAAGGUUUUUAAAUAGGUGGUUUUUAUGUUAGGAUAGAUUUGGUCAACAGCACGAGCUUUUAUGAACGUUCACUUGAUUUUUGGACGAAGAAUGAUGAUCGUCCAAGACCUUAGUUGCUAAACUUCAUGGAUGUGGCAAGUAUGAAGCAAAUAUUUGUACAAAGGAAAUGUAUGAGGGGGUGUAUAAGCAU